AUGGCGGCGGAGAGGGUGAGGACGCUGGCGUCGCAGCGGGCGGUGGUGAUCUUCGGGGCGAGCAACUGCUGCAUGUGCCACGCUGUGCAGACGCUCUUCACGGAGAUGGGCGUCAGCUGGGCGGUGCACGAGCUGGAUAAGGACCCCCGCGGCAAGGACGUCGAGAGAGCGCUCGCCGGCAUGGUCGGCCGGAGCCCGCCCGUGCCGACGGUUUUCAUCGGCGGCGCGCUCGUCGGCCCCACUGACCGGGUCAUGUCGCUGCACCUCGGCGGCCAGCUCGUGCCGCUCCUUCGCCAGGCCGGUGCACUCUGGCUCUGAGGAAUCAAGUACGACAGCAAUGGCUGAUGAGUAACGAGUUCGUGCAGUUACGUGUGAUCGAAACAUCGAAAUCGAGCUAGGGCUAUGCUACUGAAAGUACAGUGAGUGCACAGCUACUUAGUUUUGGCAAUGUAACCAGAUAUAAUAACGGCCACGUUCCCCAAAGAAGGCAAUCCCGCCGGCGGCGGGUGCGGUUUGAGGUCCAUAAAGCAGCGAUGUCUGCGAGGGUGCUCCUCCGAGUCCUGGUGUGCGGUUUCCAUCUUCUUCCCUUCCGGCGUUCUCGACGGCGGCAGGUGCAGGAGGUGUUCGUCGGAGGUCUGCACAGAGAUCUUCAGGGUUUCUUUGUUAUUUUCCUUUUUGUAAGGUCUUUUGUGCAAUAUGUUGGCACAGCUGGUGUUUCUGGGGUGUUCCUGAGGUUUCUGCGUUGUAAUCAAAUGCUUGUUUAAUGAAUGCGUGGUAACUUUCCUCAA